AUGAACACUACAUACAAGGGAGUUGCAUUUAUGGCAGCAGAAGGCCAGGUUGGCUAUUUUGAAGGGCUUGACUUUCGUGGAGUUCAAGUCAUAGCUUCCUACCGACCCGUUGGUUAUGAUAAAUGGGGUCUGGCAGGCACAGUCGACAAAUCAGAAGCAUACUCAUCCACGAAGAAGCUCGAAAAAAUAAUUCUCAUUUCAAUGUCUUGCAUUUUUGUUCUGGGAAUUCUGGCAGCAUUUUUACUGGCGAAGUAUUUCUCCCAUCCAAUCAUGGAUCUUGGUGAUGCCGCCAGCAACCUUGCACGGGGUGAUUACAGCGCAAGAGCCCAUGGUCGACGAGGCUGCUUGAAGGAUGAGAUUGAUGAGCUUUGCUGUGUCUUUAACUACAUGGCUGAUCAGAUCUCCUCUUCCUACUCAACUCUAGAACAAAAGGUUGUGGAGCGGACUCGGGAUCUUGCACUGCUGAACGAGGGUUUGUCUGCUGAGGUGGAGGAGUGGAAGAGGAUUGAGUUACAGCUUCAGGAUGCAAAGGAGCAGGCGGUCUCAGCAGACAAGGCUAAAUCAGAGUUUUUGGCAAAUAUGUCGCAUGAAAUCAGAACACCCCUGAAUGGGAUUAUCAAUUGCACAGAGCUUUGUUUGGAUACUCCUCUUGGCACGGAGCAGGUCGAGUAUCUUGAGCUGUCUUUGUAUUCUGCGAAGCACCUUCUGCGCCUGAUUGCUGACAUCUUGGAUUUCAGCAAGAUUGAGGCUGGAAAGAUGGAUCUGGAAAAUAUCGAGUUCUCCUUAGAAGACCAGAUGGAACAUGCCGUAUCAGUCCUUGCAACUAGGGCAAGGAAGAAAGGGCUUACACUUGUAUCAUGGCUGAAGUCCUCAGAUAUGCCUGAAGUACUUUUGGGUGACCCUGGACGGCUUCUUCAGAUCUUCAUCAAUCUCUUGGGAAAUGGUAUCAAGUUUACUGACAAAGGAGAGGUUUCGCUGUCAGCAACUCUGGUCUCUGCUAGUGAUCAUGUGGCGGAGAUUAUUUUUGCAGUUAAAGACACAGGGAUCGGCAUUCCUCAGGCGAAACAGUCACUUCUGUUUCAAGCAUUCAGUCAGGUCCAUGCAUCAGACGCAAGGCUGUAUGGAGGGACGGGUCUGGGGUUGAUGAUUUCAUCGCGCCUGGCCAACGCCAUGGGCGGCCAUAUGUGGGUUGAAAGCGAAGAAGGCCAAGGAUCAACUUUCUUUUUUACCCCCAAGUUCUCCAUACCAGCCAAGAUUGUCCCAUCGCCAAAGCUGAUUCCAUGCGGUUGUUUGUGCCCGAAAUUUAACCAUCUGCGUUUCUUGGUUGUGGAUGAGAAUGAAUCGACCAGGAAGUCUAUUGUUUCGACUCUUGAGAAAAUGGAUGUGAAGGCGGACGAAGCUGCUGAUGCGAUCUCUGCCGUGGAAAGGCUUCAAAGAGCAGUGUAUGACGAGUUACCUUACACCCUGCUGAUUGUUGAUUCCAAAAUUGGCGAUGGGGACAUCAGCUCAAGGUCCUCUCAGAUCAACUGCAAAUGGCUGCUUCAGCGCAUCAAAGAGCAGGGUCUGCUUCAUUUGGACAAGUCUGGGUGUCGAUUUAUCAAAGGAGGUAACAGAAACAGUGCUGUGCUAGACAUUGAGGACCUUGCUGAGCACCCCGGGUCACCCACGCCAGAUUCAGACGUGCCUCACUCGACGAAUCGGCAGCAAUCAACUUCAGGGGCUUGCUUAGUGGAUGGGGAGAUUAGCCAUGAAGUGAUGCAGAUCCAGGAAAGCAGCCAGGCACAGUCUUCUUCCAGUUUACCUGACUGCCCGCAGGCAUCCAGAAGUGAUGAAGAUCUUCCUGUUGUGUUGUUGACACCUGGGGGUACCGAUGACAAGUCGCUGUGCCAGGAUCUUGGUGUAAAGUUCUAUGCUCCCAAGCCUCUGAAGCGGAAAGUGCUUGUUCGAAGGGUCGAGCAGGCACAGAAUCUCCCUCUCAAUGAUCGGCUGUCCACCACAAACUCAGCUACUUCGGAUGAGGUGGCUGCAGCAGCUGCAAGUGACAAGACCUUAAAGGUCUUGGUUGCAGAAGAUAACAUUGUGAACCAACGGGUUGCGUUGACUCUUCUGCGCAAGUGGGGGCAUGAAGCAGUUCUGGCCAGUAAUGGUGAAGAAGCUGUGAAGAAGGUUCAGAUGGAGGACUUUGAUGUGAUACUAAUGGAUGUCCAAAUGCCAGUUUGUGAUGGACUGCAGGCAACCAAGAGGAUACGGGAUUAUGAGUCUACAAAGAAUCACCACACUCCAAUCAUCGCUGUAAUGCUUGCAGAUGGUGUUUUGUCCAAUGCUGAUCUGGAUGGAUUCAUACAUGAGCAAACCUCUAAAUGCAUCAAAGUUGAAGGAUCUGUUGAGGCUAGUAUGCAGAUCACAUGCCCUUCCGAAGCCAACCAAUGA